AUGGUAAUCCUUGGUAGUAUCCAAAAGGUUCUUGAUCUCUCUGACUUUGGUCUUGAGAAGAUCACAGACGCUCCCCUAGCCUGCGAUGCUGUUGUUGGAGCAAUACGUGCCUGCCGGGGAAUGGUUGGCUUGCCUACCGACCACGAGUCAACAGAAGAACCUGUCAGGUCUAAAGAUAAGUUCUUUAGAGACAAUAUUUUGACAGACUACUGUUUUCAAGUGACAAGAGGGUAUCAGCAGUGGAAGAAGAAUGAACCCUUCAGUCUGGGCGAGCAGCUAAGCGACACAUUUCAUGGAAGUCACGCUCAAUCCUUCUUCACCCUGGCCAACGGCCGUUUCAGCCUGGCCAAUUUCGAAUGCUCUACACAAGACGCGGGAUUCGCAACCGUUGGUGGUCUUUCUGUAUAUCGAGUCCUUCGGCCGUCCAAAUCGACCCAGACGUGGCUCGACGUGGAAGAAUGGGAAUUGAGAGGGCCCUGCGAGCUCCGCGACUUCAAUCAAGACGUCAAGAAAGAGCCUCCCAGGGAGAUGAAUACUCAAUUACUUUAG